AUGACCGGGGCCGAUACUUCGGAGUGUUUGAACGGCGCUCCGAGCAUAGUUGUCGACUUGCAGCUGUUAUGGGAGCUUUCAGCGAAAGUUUCGAGCUUUUUCGAUGCGAAGUUGAUGCAGGCGCGGGCGCCGGAUCUGUCGCCUAUAAACUUAAGGCUAAUCCUAGUCAGCGGCAAGACGAGAGAAUUUUUAUGUAGCCCUAGCGACUCAGCAGGCGAAAUAGCACAACAUGUUUUUGAUAAUUGGCCAGAAGACUGGUCGGACGAGGCGGUGGCGCGGGCGGAAAUCCUGCGGCUCAUCUUCCAAGGGCGCUUCCUCCACAGCAACGUGACCCUGGGCGCCCUCGGGCUCCCCCUCAGCAAAACCACAGUCAUGCACCUCGUCCCCCGGGAAACCCUCCCGGAGCCCAACUCACACGAUCAACGUCAGAAGAGUAAAGGCGGGAGUAGCAGUUGUUGUUCGGCUUCCUGUAGUAUCCUGUAAGACAUAGCGGAAGUUCGCGACACUCCGCACCCAGCUCUCUAUGACUUGUUACGAUUUUCCUGCACAAACCUCCUCGGUGCUCGGCCAUUUCUCGCAGACCUCGAUUUCGGAUGAAACCUGCGCCUAGCAUACGCAGCUCACUCCAUAACAUGAAUCACUCCAUCUAACAUCAUCGAUUUGGUUUGAAAAAUUGGGAAGCAAAAUGGAGAUGUUGCAUGUGUGAGGAAUUUGCGAUUUGACUAUUAAUUCUCAGGUAAAAGCUCGCGAGAAACACGAUGGUGCCACUGGUU